AUGCCAGAGUACAACCUUCCCUUCCAGCUGGAAGACCCCAGUCUUCUGCAUUUCGACUCGUUUGUGGGAAACCAAUGGGUUCCCGCCAAAAGUGGGCAGCGCUUUGAGGUCGUUGACCCCGGCUCCGAUACCCCCUGGGCCAGCUGCCCUGCCAAUCGCGUCGAAGAUGUGAAUCCGGCCGUGGAGGCCGCCCAUGCCGCCUUUGAAUCCUACAAGAAGACCAACCCGCGGCAACGCGCGCAGUGGCUCAUGAAAUGGGACGCGCUCAUCCGUGCCGCCCGCUCGGAUCUAGCCCAGAUCCUCACCCACGAGACCGGGAAGACCCUGGCCGAGUCCUAUGGCGAGAUCGACUACUCCACGGGCUUCACCUGGUGGUUCGCGGGGGAAGCGGAGCGCAUCCACGGCUCCGUCAGCGUGCCGGCCGCGCCGAACCGCCGCGUCUUCACCAUCAAACAGCCCAUCGGUGUGGCGGCCGCCCUGGUGCCCUGGAACUUCCCCAUCGCGAUGGUGCUGCGCAAAGCCGGCGCCGCGCUGGCGGCCGGGUGCACGAUGAUCGUCAAGCCGAGCCCGGAGACGCCGCUCACGGCCCUGGCCCUGGCCCACCUGGCGCACCAGGCGGGCAUCCCCGCGGGCGUGUUCAACGUGCUCACGACCGACCUCGACAACACGCCGUCGCUGAGCGAGGCGCUGUGCAAGCACCCGCUCGUCAAGAAGGUGACCUUCACGGGAUCAACGCGCGUCGGCAAGCUCAUCGCCGCCCACUGCGCCGAGGGCCUGAAAAAGGUCACCCUCGAGCUGGGCGGCAACUGCCCCUUCCUCGUCUUCGACGACGCCAACCUCGACCAGGCGCUGGACCAGCUGAUGGCGCUCAAGUGGCGCCACGCCGGCCAGGCGUGCAUCACCGCGAACCGCGUGUACGUGCAGGCGGGCGUGUACGAGCGGUUCGCGCAGAUGCUCAAGGAGCGCACGCAGGCGCUGGUCGUCGGGCACGGCGCGCGCGAGGGCACGACCAUGGGCGCCGUCACGACCCCGCGCGGCGUGGACAAGGCGCUGGCGCACGUGGAGGAUGCCCGGCGGCGGGGCGCCGACGUGAUCCUGGGCGGCGGGAAGGUGCCCGGCACGCGCGGCUACUUCUUCCAGCCGACCAUCCUGACAGGCAUGACGCCCGAGAUGCUGGUGUCGCGCGAGGAGACGUUUGCCCCGAUCGCGGCGCUGUACCGAUUCGAGACGGAGGAGGAGGCGGUGCGCCUGGCCAACGACACGAGCAUGGGGCUGGCGAGCUACGCCUUCACCAAGAACGUCGACCGCAUGUGGCGCAUGCUGGAGAACCUGGAGGCCGGCAUGAUCGGGAUGAACUCGGGCAACUCCUCGGCGGCGGAGUCCCCAUUCGGCGGCAUCAAGGAGUCCGGCUAUGGCAAGGAGAGUGGCAAGGAUGUGGCCGUGAAUGAGUAUCUGAUCACCAAGACGGGGACAUUCACGAUCGAGGGACAGUAUUAA